AUGCUCAACAUUACCAUCCUUCGGGAAAUGGACAUCAAAGCCACAGUGAGGGGCGAGUCAAGUUACUCUCUCCUUCCGGAAACACGAUGCCCUCUAUUUCCAGGGCACCUCCAGCUCCUGUUUUCCACCCUCCUCUCCAGCUGCUCCUUCUCCAUCUUCUCGGUCCUUGCCUCCUCCGCCUCCGGACCAGUAAAUGCUAAUGUCCUGAGAGACUCUAACCAGGCCGCUCUAACACCGCGGGGCUGCCCCGGCCCCAACCCGCCACGCAGGACUAGCGCGCACACCCUCGGGUCUCUGCGAGCCUCUGACUCGGAGAACCCCGCAGCCCGCGAGUGCAAAGUUAGUGAAGAACAGCGAGGACUGCCCGCACACAGACAGUUCCUUCCCCGGAGAAGGAAUAAGACUGCCAGGCUAGAGCCAAGGCUGAGAAGGGACCGGCACGGGCGCCACGCGCGACCGAAGGGUCGAGGGACGUCCCGGAUCCGCUCCUUCAGCACCGCCCCAGGCAGUGGGCAUCCUGCGCGCCGCCCCCUCCCGGCCCCGAAGAGGAUGUCCCAGCGAGCGCGCGGGCCUGGACAGAGGCAGCGCCGCAGCGGCGGCAGCGGCGCGGACAGCGUGAGAAAGAGAGACACUCACCAGCGUCAGCCCCGAGCCCUCACAGCACCGGAAGUAGUCACCCGCCCGUUGCCAGGAUCCCAGCCACCAUGCUCUGCAGAAGCUCAAGCAGCCACAUGGGAAAACCAUGUGUGGAAGCUGUGA